CAUUGAUGCUACACAUGCUCCCUGGCCACUCCUCAUUUUCAGGAUUAUGACGUCCUCUGUAGCAGGAACAAUGGAUAUUGAGAUGCCUUUAGGCAACAACCUGUGGAGCGAGAACAUGGGUGUCGAUGAAGAUAAUGAAGCUAUCACCCGAGCCAACAAAGAAAUCAGUGCAGAGCCUACUCCACUUGAUCAGGACAGCGAGUCGACAGAGCAAGCGGAGGAUGUCGUGGACUUGACGGAGCUGAAAGAGAAGGUGAUUGGGGCUGUUCCUUUUCCUCCACAGCGCCUCGACGGCUGGAUGCAGCAAUGGCCAACCAUCUACGUGGUCCCCGGCGACCUAGCCGCCGGAAAAACGGACCCCUACGCCCCCGCCACCGUCUGCUUCGGGCCGCUCUUCGGUCCGGCGAGGCGUGUGACGGACGGCAUGGCGAAGCUGGAGCGCUACAAAUUGUGCUGUCUUCGCAAGCUCAUCGUGGGGCGCAGCCCUAGCCCUGCAGGAACUGGAACCCGACCUGCAGAGCCAGCCGUGUGGAAGCCGGAGGUGCACGAACCGAUGCUUCGCAGUUGCGUGGACGCGAUGACAAGACUGCUCCCGAGAAUUCGUGCUUCCUACAGCAUCGCCUCAUCUAUGGACACCAUCGCUGGCGACGAAAACACCGUGCGAGAAGUCAAGAUGCUGCUCUACCCCAACCCCGAGGUCGCCGCCGUCAUGGGAUCAACUCUGGCUGAGAACAUGCUGCUGGACGGCUGCUUCAUCCUCCACCGCCUGCUCAAGAUGGCAAGCAGAGCAGCAGGGAAACGCUACGACGACGACGACGAUGACUGGACCCAGGUGUUUGGUCGGCGCGGGGUAUGGGCGCUUGUCACGCGCGACCUGCUGCUGCUCCACAACCAAAUCCCCUUGUUUGUCAUCAAGGCUCUGCUGAAGCAGCUUAAGGGUCCAGCUGAUAUCGAAGACGACGACGUCCUCGUGGACGGCGGCCUUCAGCUCUUCAGCUCGCUCCAUCCUCGGAGGAGGCUGCAGCCCUCGCCGGACGACUCGCUCCGCCUCCGCCUCCGCGACGCGCACCACCUCCUGCACCUCUUCUACCUGUCCAUCACCAACAUCCCGACGCAGUCAUCAGCCUCAGCGUCGCCGGACAAGAAGCUUCCACCGGAGCUCACGCAGUGGGUGCCGUGCGCCAAGGAGCUGGAGGACGCAGGCGUGAGAUUCCGGGCGAGGAAGGACGGCACCGCGACGGGCUUCCUGGACAUCAGGUUCUCCGCCGUCGGCGUCCUGGAGAUCCCGCCGCUGCAGCUCUACGACUACAGCGAGCCUCUGUUCCGGAACCUAAUCGCGUUCGAGCAGACCUACCCGGACACGCCGGGCCACGUCACCGCCUACGCCAUCUUCAUGGACUGCCUCGUCAAGACAUCCGACGACAUGCGACUCCUCCACAGCCGCGGGAUACUGCUCAACCACAUGAGCGGCGACAGGGAGGCGGCCACGGGGUUCUUCAGCGGCAUCUGCGCCGGAGCGCACGCCUCGGCCGACCGGAACUAUCUCGCCCCACUCAUGGACGAGGUGGUCAGGUACCAGAGUGGAAGGUGGCCCCAGUGGCGUGCCGCGCUGCUGCGGGACUACUUCGGAAACCCGUGGGCGGUCAUCGCGUUUGUUGCGGCGGCGAUCGUGCUCGCGCUUACCAUGCUGCAGACCUUCUACACUCUCUACGCCUACUACCAGCCACCCAAGCAGUCCUAGCUAGCAACUCGUGAUACACUGAUUGAUUGAUCGCUCGCACCAUGUGUUUAAUUCGUUACUGGUAUCGUACGUGCUCAUACAUUGUAACCGAAAAAAUAAAUAAGAAUAUAUUUGGCAGGGCUCUGAACUCCUAUAAAAAUGGCUUCAACUUCAGCUUCUAUGCAACCGUAGGAGCCAAUGUCUUUUUAACAAAUCGUUUGACAAAACAAA